GUUUCUAUUGAAGGUUUAAUGGAGAACAUCUUAGAAUCCUCAAUUCUCAAAUUUCUCCAAAUCUUUGAACCCUAAUUCUCUUAUUUCUUCCCCAAAUGCCUGUCUCCAUCCUUCAACCGUAAUAAUAACCAGGUAAGGGCACUUUCAUUUUCCUUUUCCGAUUUGUUCCCUUAUUGAACAUGAAAGAUGGUGGCUUGGAGAACAAAAAGGAGCUAGAAAAUUCAAAAAAACAAUCCAAGUCUUCAAAAUUUCGUAGCAAAAAUGAUGAUUUCUCCCUUGCAAUUGCCAAGGUUGCCGUUGCACAAGUAUGCGAAAGCGUAGGUUUUCAGAGUUUCCAAGACUCUGCUUUAGAAACAUUGUCCGACGUUACUGCUCGAUACAUUUAUACCCUAGGGAAAAGUGCGACUCUUAGUGCUAAUUUGACCGGGAGGCUGGAAUCGAAUGUCUUCGAUGUGAUUCAAGGGCUGGAAGAGCUAGAAUCAGGUUUAGGGUUUGCCGAUGCAUCCGAUGUUAAUCGAUGUCUUGCUAAUUCGGGGGUCAUUAGGGAUAUUGUUCACUUUGUUGGCGAUGCGGCGGAUGUCCCGUUUGCUUAUGAUGUUCCACGGUUUCCGGUUGUUAAAGAGCGGGAGGGAAUGGGGAGCUUUUGGGAAAAAGGAGAAGAGCCUCAUGGGGAGCAUCUACCUAGUUGGUUGCCGGCCUUUCCCGAUCCCGAGAGUUGUGCUACUCAAUCGACUGUAGGGAAUGGAACGAUGAGUGGCUCCAAUGGAGUGAAGACUGGAUUAGUGGGGGUUGAAAGGAAGAUAGAGAGGCCGUUGCUGAACUGUCAGAAGCAGUUUGCUCGUAAUGGGAAUUUAAGAGAUUCUUCUUGUGGUGCUGGAGAUUCUGCUAAAGCCAGGGAAGCUUCUAAUAGCAAUCCUUAUCUCGCUGCACCUCUACAGUUUAGGGAAAAAGAAGUGGAUGUAUCACCUGUUGUUCUUCCAACUAAGCUUUCAAAUGAAGUGGUUUUGAGAGAUUCGGUUCCAGAAAAUCAUUCCGGGGAAGAUCAAGUCUCAGUUCUAGAGACAUUUGCUCCUGCUAUUGAAGCAAUGAAGAGUGGGCUAUGUGAAUACGACGGCAGCAGACAGAAAAAUGUCCUCUAUAACCAGAGACCUACGGUUCAUUUUAAGAUUGGAAUAGGGAAGAAGUCUUUAAACACUGCACCAUAUUUCGUUUCCAAGAACAAGGAUAUCCAUAAGAUUGCAUACUGGUUUGAAAAUAGCAAUGAGAAAGACGACAGGAAAAGAAGAGCAGAGAUUUUUUCGGAAGAAUCUAUGGAAUGUUCUCACGAACCAGUAAAGAACGAAUGAAGUGAUAAUGCCGAGUCCAUCAAUAACUUCGCAACAAAGUUUUGCCCUUCAAAGAUUCAAAAGAUUUGCCCACCAUAUCGUUGUUAGAACUGAUCAAGGCUCUCUAUGCACGAAAGUAGUAAAGACGAAGCAAAGAAGAAGAAAUGACAGCAGGUGCUUUUCAAGCCAAGAACAAAGAAUACUGGUUGCAUACAUCAAGUGGUUGAAUCCGAUAUUGACCCUUACUCUUGUACAUAUUUGGGGUCCCCUAGUCCCUAUAAUGGUGAUUACUAGAUCAGACUGAGUGGGUGAGUAUUAUGUUGUACCAGAGUAGGAGGACAAGGAUUUUUAUUUAGGCUUUAAAUGUUUGAAUAUUAUGUUAAAAUCAGCUAAAUGCUUGGUGUUGGGUUUGUUUAGGCUUUGUAUAUAUAUAUAUAUAUAUAUAUAUAUAAGAUGAUUUUUUUUAGGAACAA